CAUGUUCACGAUAAUGAGUUAGGGAAAAAAACAAUAUUGGCUAUCGGAGGAACAGGAACUGGUAAGAGUACGUUUGGAAGAAUAGUUUUUGGAGUAAAUGCUAUACCAGGAGGAGGGUCAGAUUCAAUAACAAAACAAACAGUUUUAUAUGAAAAUGAUAAAUAUAGAUAUAUAGAUACUCCAGGAUUUUCUGAUAGUGGAGGUAGUGAUGAUUCAGAAAUAUUUCGUAAUAUGUUAACUUUAAUGCAAAAGAAUUCAUUUUAUACAAAAUUUAGUUGA